GCCCGAGUUUUCAGAAAACAGUGACGAGGGGGGGGAGGGGAUUUGGGGUUUAGGGCUUUAACACUCGGAAGCAAAAGGGGUUUACAUUCGGAAGCAGCAAAGGUCUUACCAACUCUUCGGAUGGCAACAACUACUGGACUUGAGUCUCUUGUCGAUCAGAUCAUUUCGGUUAUUACAAACGAUGGACGCAACAUUGUGGGAGUUCUCAAAGGUUUUGACCAGGCGACUAAUAUAAUUCUGGAUGAAUCUCAUGAACGCGUCUUUUCCACAAAGGAAGGAGUACAACAACUUGUGUUGGGUUUGUACAUUAUCAGAGGCGACAACAUAGGUGUUAUUGGGGAGCUAGACGAAGAGCUCGAUGCUAGUCUGGAUUUUUCGAAACUAAGAGCUCAUCCUUUGAAACCCGUCGUGCAUUGAUUGAAAAUAGUAAUGAUGUACGACAAAGCCUGAACAAAGACAAGAUUGUGAACAAUUUGAAUUAGUUUGUCUUGCUAUCUAUCUGCUUUGUGUAUAAACCGCAAAACGAAAGCUUUCUUUUGCGAUAUUCUAGUGUUAUGAUCUUUUAUUUAUUAAUCAUGUUUUAGUAAGCUUUUGAUUCCAAUUCUGUAAGCGAAUACAAAACUUAUGAGGAAAUUUACUACUCUCUUCAUUUCA